AUGGCUGGGAGCUGGGUACCUGUGAUGUACUGGAGGUUUAUGAUGGCUGGGAGCUGGGUACCUGUGAUGUACUGGAGGUUUAUGAUGGCUGGGAGCUGGAUCGAAAAACUGUGUUCACUGGAGAAAAAAGUUACUCUGACCGAUUCAGUGGAGUCUAACUCAAGCCCCAUAUCUUCAUCCAUCAGUAAUUAUGUCACCGUAACUGCUAAUGCUACACUGAAAUUAGAUCCAACCUCUCCAUACACUGGAGAGACAGUUACUCUGACCUGUUCAGUGAACUCUGAGAGUAACUGGAGAUAUAACUGGUACAAAGACGGGACUUAUAUUCCAGUAACCCAGUCUGGCAGACUUUCUAUAACAGAAAACACCCUCACUAUCAGUAGUGUUAAAGUGUCUGACAAGGGUUCCUACCAAUGCCAUGGAUACCAACAUGACAGACCCACAUCUACAUCCACCAGUAAUCAGGUCACUAUAACUGUGAAAGCUCUGCCCACAGCUACACUGAAAUUAUAUCCAACCUCUCCAUACACUGGAGAGAAAGUUACUCUGACCUGUUCAGUGAACUCUGAGAGUAACUGGAGAUAUACAUGGAACAAAGACGGGAUUUAUAUUCCAGUAACCCAGUCUGGCAGACUUUCUAUAACAGAAAACACCCUCACCAUCAGUAGUGUUAAAGUGUCUGACAAGGGUUCCUACCGAUGCCACGGAAACCUAGAUGACAGACCCACAUCUACAUCCACCAGUAAUCAGGUCACUAUAACUGUGAAAGCUCUGCCCACAGCUACACUGAAAUUAUAUCCAACCUCUCCAUACACUGGAGAGAAAGUUACUCUGACCUGUUCAGUGAACUCUGAGAGUAACUGGAGAUAUACAUGGAACAAAGACGGGAUUUAUAUUCCAGUAACCCAGUCUGGCAGACUUUCUAUAACAGAAAACACCCUCACCAUCAGUAGUGUUAAAGUGUCUGACAAGGGUUCCUACCGAUGCCACGGAAACCUAGAUGACAGACCCACAUCUACAUCCACCAGUAAUCAGGUCACUAUAACUGUGAAAGCUCUGCCCACAGCUACACUGAAAUUAUAUCCAACCUCUCCAUACACUGGAGAGAAAGUUACUCUGACCUGUUCAGUGAACUCUGAGAGUAACUGGAGAUAUACAUGGAACAAAGACGGGAUUUAUAUUCCAGUAACCCAGUCUGGCAGACUUUCUAUAACAGAAAACACCCUCACCAUCAGUAGUGUAAAAGUGUCUGACAAGGGUUCCUACCGAUGCCACGGAAACCUAGAUGACAGACCCACAUCUACAUCCACCAGUAAUCAGGUCACUAUAACUGUGAAAGGGAAGAUGCCCAGACAGGGAAAAAGCACAGCCCCAACCGGGAGUGACACCCCAGUCUGCCACACGGAACGCCAGCGUCUGACCACAAAGACACACAUACUGAGCCAAAGCAGAGGGGAGAAACCAUGCAACCUCUCCUCCCUCACCCCGGCAUGGGGAGGAGGAGAGAACGCCCACAAGACCAUCUUCAUGGAAACAAACGACGGCUGGAUCGCCUGA